AUGGCCUCCUGUCUCCUGUGGCUCUGGCCCAGCUCCAAUCUGGUCCAAGGUCAGUCUGAAGCUCAGGAGCUCGACAGGGCUUGGGGCUCCACUGACCAAACUGUUCACUGGGCUUCACUGGGACCUGAUUCGACUGCACUGCAAGGCCGCACCUGUGGUGAGUGCACUGUGAAUGUGCCCAACAUCAAGGAGUUCACAUACACAUGCAACACCUACUGCAAGAAUCAGCCUGGUUCGCCCCAGUGCAUCAGCGCAUCCAUUGCAUACCAUCCAAGCUCCUGCGAUGUCAAGAUGGGGGCAUCUUGCGACUACAAGUUCAGUGAUGAUCAGGAUGCUCUUUGUCAAUGCGACAAGGUCUUGUAUCCGCAUCAAAAGGUUCAAGCCCUGUAUGCCCAGUGUGGUGGCAAAGAGUGGAAGGGCCGCACCGGGUGUGAGGCUGGUGCAGUGUGCAACAUUGUGGAUGAGUGGUACUCCCAGUGCGUGCCCGCACUGGCAGCUCAGCCUGGCAUCAAGUUCACAAGCGGAGAAGCGGAGCUGGCAGCGGCAAGCGCUCCCAUUGGUGGCGAGGAGGACCUCGGUGCGGCAGCACCAGUCCUGGGCGCCGCCGCAGUGGCCGGAGUGGCUGGGGCCGCCGGAGCUGCUGGCGCUGCCGCUGGCGAAGUGCUGGAUGCAGCGUGCUCCGCUCACCCGCAGUGUGCUGAUUUGAAGUUGUCUGGCAACUGCUGCCCAAAUGAUGAUGCUGUAGUCCUUGGCUGCUGCAAGAACUUUGAUCCAGCUGCCGUCAAGGCAGUGCCAACCGAGCCACCAGUGAUUGCCACACUGGCCCCUUUGGACUUGGCAACACCUGCCCCACCUGACCAAAGUUACUGGAAGAAUCAGACCUCUCGGCCAACUCAGGCAGAACUAUCAUGUCUUCCAGCAGAGCCGAAAGGUUGCAGUGCCAUCAAGAACAAGCUGAUGUGUCUCAGUCGAGUGGAUGGCCGCACUGGAUACACUGUCCACGGCCUCAACGUUGGUGGAGAGCCAUGCGUUUGGUGCGGCGGAGGGCCAUGCACUGACUUUAGCAGUGCUGUUUGCGAGCCCUAUGACUGGCUCGUCCAUGGCAGUGGAAAGGCUUUUGGGUCUGUGCACGCACGUCACAGUCUGACCGUUGCCAGGUGCCAUGAGAGCAAGAACUCUGUGUUCUCCGACGAGCAAGUCUCUUGCUUGUCUGCAGCAGAAGUUGGCUGCAACGCGAUUAGGGACAAAAAUGAGUGCUUGACCAGCAGGGAUGGACGCCCAUACUCUCAAGUGGCUGGCUUCAAGACCAACAACCAGCCUUGUGUUUGGUGCGAUGGUCUGAUGUGCCAUUCCAACAAUGACAACAUGUGUGAGCCGUUCGACUUCGUCAUGAACGGGGCAGGACAAGCAUUUGGCAGCAACAUCGGUGCCCUGAACACGUACAUGGUGCCUGAGUGCCAGGAUGGCAAACUCAUUCGCAAGCGAUACGGCAGUGCUGCCUUUGACCGGGGUCUCCCCAAGACGGUGAAAUGCGGUGGUACCGAGACCACCUGGAACGGCAUCAGUAAAGUCUGUGCAAAUUGUGACGUCACCAUUCCAAAUAUCAACGCCACCUAUGGCACGUGCGAGAAGUACUGUGCAUCACAAGGUGGCAGGAAGUGCUUUUCAGCAGGCCUGGCAUACACGCACUCCUGCGAAGUGCAGGCUGUGAAUUACUUGCUGGCAUGCACUACGUCUUUCGACGAGGGGGAGGCUGCUCGUUGUAGGUGCCAAAGUGGACAGGUAACGGCAGCGGCUGAGGAGGCAGCGGCAGAGUUGCCAUUGACACCGUACUCCCAGUGUGGUGGCGAGGGCUGGACCGGCCAGACCAAGUGCCAGGUGUUCAACACCUGCGCAGUGGUCAACAAAUGGUACAGCCAAUGCCUUCCAGGAGGUUUGGCGAAUCCAGACCAGGCUGCUGAGGCAGCAAGCCAAGCAGCCCAGGUUGCAGGAAAGACACUGCAAGAGCAGGCAAGCUAUGCUGGACAAGCAGCCUCGGAGGCUGCUAAGGUGGCAGGCUUGGCACCAGCCACCCAGGCAACUCGUGCCUAUGUUGGAGCAGCGGGCACAGCUGACGAGGGCGGACUGGCUCAGGAUGAGGCAAACGCUGCCGGCGUGGCAGCUGUGAAGGAUGCUCUUCAGGAUGCUGGCGUAGCAAGUGACCAGGUUGAUGGCAUGACUGAUCAGGCAGUCGCUGAAGGAAAGGUCAUUGUCUUUGGCCAUGAGCAGAAUCCACGAUCUGCUCCCUACAUUGCGGGGGAGGCAGCCUUCAACCAGGCCCAUGAUGCCGGCCUUUCCAAGGAGGAGAAAUGCCAGAAGGCAUAUGCAGCAGCUUGGAAGACAGCCAAGGCCAAUGGCAAGGUGGGUGAGCAGAUCACCGACGUGGCCGCGGACGUCAUGGUGAAGAUUGCCACGAAGAUCGGCAUGUCGCCCGAGGAGCAGGUGAAGUGCUCCGUGGAAGCCGCCAAGGUGGUGACCAAGGCCUCUGGCGGCUUCUCUGAUGACAUUGCAUCUUCAAUGCACCAUGCUGGCGUCGUUGUAGCAGUGGACGCUGGCAUGCCAGCAGCACAGGUUGACUCAACUGUCUCAGCAGCCUUGGAGGAUGUUGAGACUGAAAAAGGCGACAAGAUCGAUGCAACCAGGAUGAACGAAAUUAUGAGCAAGUGCCUGGCAGCUGGCCAGGCAGCAGGCGAUAAGGCAGCUGAGAGCGCAGCCAUUGAAGCCACCAACGUCGGAAAAGCGCUGGGAAUGUCUGGUGUGGACACCGCGCAGGCUGCAAGGAAAUGUGCCUAUGAAGCUGCGAUUGCCUCUGGCCGAAGCCCUGUGGAGGCAACUGCCGCUGCUGAAGCCACCCGAUCCAUGGUCCCAUCCGUGGUGACCAGUCCCUCUGAUGGUGACGCCAUCAAGCCAGACGACUUGCAAAACGUUGGCAAGGACUGCUGGCUUCCAUGUGGCAAAGCUUCCGGCCUCUGUGCCUUCUGCGGCCUGGGCAAUGCCUGCUGCCGUCAGGACGAGCCGAACGCUCCAAAAGCAUGCCAGGGCGUUGUUGUGAGCACCUGGCACCACUCGUGUGUGAAGCCAGUCGACCCAACAUCUGAUGCUGACGACCUUUCCCGUGGUGUGGAGAGUGCGAUGAUUUACGCCGAAGCCAGGGCCAAGGGUGACGAAAUGGCUGAUGCUGCCAAGUCGGCUGGAAAGGGCGUGGAUGAUCAGGUUGCUGCCGCUGCUGAGGGAGCCAUGGACUCCAUGAAUUCCGAACAUGCGAAGGUCUCGGAUGUGGUCAGUGCCGCCUACAAAUCUGCCAAGGAAACUGGUUUGGAAGAGGGCCUGACUGAACCUGCUGCACAGACAGCAGCCAUCGAUGCCAUCAAGGACGAGUUGCAAAAGUCUGGCAUGUCAAGUGCAGAGGCUGCAGGAAUCUCAGCCUUUGCUGCCACCAAAUCCACUGGAGUUGUGGUGGCUCCAACGGUGAACAUUAAUGGAGGUGGAUCUGGAAAGACGGGCUCUACCGCCGUUUCUGCUGCUGUUCCACCUGUGGUCACAAAACCAGAGGAGACCACUACGGCAGAGCCACCUGCUACCCUUCCACCUGCUGCUACCCUUCCGCCUGCCACAACCGCUGUGCCAGCCGAAGUCACUGCAGUGCCCACCGUGGAACCGACUGAAACAGUGGCACCGCUUGCAACCGUUGCACCAGCCGCGACCCUUGCACCAGCAGCAACCAUCGCGCCAGCAACGACCAUUGCACCAAUUGAAACCGCAGAUCUGACGACCGUGGCUCCAGCGGCAGUUGCUACAUUGCCUCCGAUAACACAGCAGAAGGUGGGCCGUAGUGGUGAGACUGCCAGCGUUGCAAAGGCUGAAGGAACGCUUCCAAUUGUUUCUGAAAUGUCCGAUGCGGUUCAAGUGGGAAUUGAUGCAGCAGAUCUGAAGAAAAAGGAUGGUGCUGAUGUUGACACUCAGGCGCUGGUUGCAGCUGGUACCAGUGGAUCUUAUGCAGCAGCUGACGGAUACGCGAAAACUGGUGCAGAUGAUGAAGCUACAGAGGUGGCCAAGUAUAUCUACAUGCGAUCCGGAAAGUCCGCUGAAGAGGCAUCUGCCCUGGCUUUGAAGACUGUUGCGCAAGCAAAGGCUGAUCAAGGUGGUGAGUUUGCCGCGCCAGGCUUGCUCCAGAGGCAUGGAUUCUCUGAUUGCUGGGAACCGUGUGGAAAGAAACCUGGCUAUUGCCCAGAAUACUGUGGAACGGGAAAUGCAUGCUGCCGAAAGACUGGUGAUAUUGUUGUCCCACGUGAGUGCAAAGGCGUCUACGAUUUCUUCACUCCCCACUACGAGUGCGUCAAGCCGACGGCUGUUUACAUUCCGGCAUAUGAGAAGGCAGCUGGUGAGGCCUCUACUGGAGAAGUAGCUACAGGUGACGAGGAGACUGAGACAUCAACUCCAACUGAGGCACCUGCCCUUUUCGGUACUGGUACCUUCGUUGCGGUUGGUGCCUGCAUUGCAGCCUGCUGCGUUGCUGGACUUGCAGCCUGGCAUCUCUCCGACUCCGAAAGCAAGAGAAUCUUCGCCGGCAAAGCCAUGCGGUACACAGAGGUGGCUGCUGCGUCCCCCGCAAGUGCUGCUGAUUUGGAGCUCCAGGCUCCUCUGGCUCGAAAUGGGGCCAUGGCAGCAGCAAUGGCGGCUCCCGGUGCCUCCAUGCAGAUGGCUGCUCCGAUGCAGAGCUCAGUACAGUACUCUAGCAUGCCAUAUGCACAGGUAGGAGCCAGCGUUGCUAGCGCCGCCCCAAUGAUGGUAGCAGCACCAAUGGGUGUACCAGCUGCUCCAAUGAUGACUGUUGGCGCAGCUCCCGCACCAGUGACGGUCACCGCCGCUCCCAUGGUAGCCAUGCCUGCGGCUAGUGUCCACACUGGGGUGCCCAUGCAGGCUGGAAGCGCAGUGACAGGGGCAUUGUUUGCCGGCGGCUUCAUGGACCAGUUUGAUCGCAUGGAUAUGAAUCAUGAUGGAGUACUGCAGCGAUCCGAGUGGGACCGUGGGAUGCAGGGUCAGCGGUGAUCCAGAAUCGAUUAAUGUAUUUCAGAGGAACAGAGUACGAAGUCUGAGAUGCCCUUCGGCACUUCUGCUCGAAGGUUAGUAGGGUGUUGAAGGAUUUUUGCUCAGUCAGCUUUUCAAGGGCGUUUUCUGCAGGAUUUGGCAGCGGAUCAUGACUUGCAGGUCAGCCCGCCAGUGGCCAAGACCUUCAAAGUUAUGAGCUGGGAUGACUCC